AUGCAAAACCAGUGCCAAUGGCUCCUUGGUCACAUACAUGGCGAGCAAGCUAAAAUAGCCCGACGGAGGCAUCUGCAGUCCGUAAUUUGCGCCACAUCAAAAAAGCAAGUAUUGGUCGUUGAUCAUGUGGCUGUUGAUCUGUUCGCCGAGUUUGGCAAUUGGCUUGCAAACAUUUCUUCACCAUACGAGGAGACAUCAUCAGUGUCCACCCAACUGUGCACUGAUGAUGUCUCUUCGUGUGGUGGCGAAACGUUUGCAAGGCAGUUGCCAAGCUUGGCGAACAGAUCAACAGCCAAUGAACUUACCCGAGUUACAGAUAUUUCAACACAUUACCAAACGCAG